UCUUCCAUUCAUAACACUUAUUUAAAAAUAAUCAAUAAAAACUCAUAGUAGUUAAAAGGCUAAUACAAAUGUUUAUUUUUUUAUUUUUUUACAGGUGUGAUGUCUAAGCGAAAAAGUGGACAUGAAAAGUUACGUGAGAAAAACAUAAAGCUUCUGCGAGAAGAUGCUAAAACAACUAAAAAUUUACUAUCCAUGUUUUCUAAACUGAAUUCAAAUACCCUGCAACACCAUGCUGAUGCUGAGCCUGUUGAUGAAGUUCAAUUUCACGUUGCUAAAGAGACCCAAACAAACCUUAAUGAUGAAGAUGGCGUUCAUACUGACACUAAUGAAAUGACCCAACCAAUCCUCAUUCUAAACAUCACAGCUUUUUCAAGCAUGGUUGAACCUACUGGUGAUAACGAAAAAACUACUACCCGAGUGAAUGAUUGGCUUAAUAAGCUUAACCUGAAUGAACUGGUAACUUUCUAUAAAUCUCACCCACAUCAGCCUGAAACACGUCACUUUAAUUCAAAAAUGGUAUAUUAUUGUCCUGAAGAUGGUAUGCAGCGUAUGUUUCUUUCAUUUUCAGAAGAAAAAGAGUGCCUGUUUUGCAGUGUUUGUUUGGCACAUGGAAAUGAGAAGCAGAAACCAAGUUCGUUUGUAACAGGUUUUAACAGUUGGACUCAUAUUCAUCAACGUAUUGUGGAACACGAAUCGUCAAAGAGACACCAAGAAUGUGUCGAGGCUUAUCUACAUUUCUCUGCUAAUCGAAGCAUUCUAGAUAUGCUACAAGGUCAGCAAUAUAGUCUACGAAAACAGCAAGUUUUACAUCGUAGAUUGAUCGUAGACAGAGUAGUGUCAAUUGUCAAAGUGAUUGGUAAACGUGGUAUGCUAUAUCGAGGUAAGGCCGGUUGCGAAGCCGUCAAUAUUUUGGCUAACGAAAAAGUGGAUCAUGGAAUAUUUCUUGAAAUCGUGAUUCUUGUUGCGAAGUACAAUGAAAUUUUAAAAGCGCAUUUGAAGGAAAUUAUCGACAUAUCGAAAUAUUAUCGAUUAUCGAUAAUAUUUUAUAAAUAUUAUAUAUUAUCGAUAUCGAAAGCAUGCUGCAUGAUAAAAAGGAUAAGAGGAAUAGAGCUAACAGAAAUACUUUCAUUUUCAACAGAAAUACUUUCAUUUCCAAAUCCACUGUAAACAAAAUUAUAUUAGGAAUCGCUAAAUUAAUGAAAAGUGCUAUUGCUGAAGAAGUACAACAAGCGGGAUUAUUCUCAGUGCAACUUGACACAACUCAAGAUGUAACACAAGCUGAUAAAUGUGCGAUAGUCCUGCGAUACGUUACCAACAAAGUUAAGGAGCGACUUAUUGGUGUUGUCGAUUCACAUUCUGGAAAAGACAGUGAUCUGUGCAAAUUGAUGUCAAAUGUUUUGGAACAAAAUGGCAUUGAUAUUACUAAAUGUGUGUUAGAUAGUACUGAUGGCGCGUCUAAUAUGGCUGAGGUAUACAAUGGAUUUACUACAUUCUUAGAAAAAGCGUCUCCUGGACACAUUCACACAUGGUGUUAUGCGCAUGUUUUAAAUCUGGUCGUAUGUGACGCCACCAGCAGUAAUGAAGUUUCAAUGAUACUUUUUGGUAUACUUCAAGAGGCUGCUAUGUUUUUUCGUGAGUCCUACUUGAGAAUGGACCUUUGGACUGAUCAGAUGAAAGAAAAAAAUGGCCAAAACAUUCAAAAACGACUAAGUGUUAUCGGUGCUACUAGAUGGGGGUCCAAACACGAUGCCUUUCAAAAGUUUUUUGGUACGUUUCGCGACGGUAAAGGAGCAUUAUACACAGACGUCGUUCAAUUACUGGAAAUAGCAGUCUCUUCCACUAAAUUAAGUGUUGAAGCACGCUAUGAUGCGCAGUAUCUAUUAACGUCCUUAUUAAAAUAUAAGACUGUACUGACGGGAUUUGUAUAUCUAAGAAUAAUGGAAGCAACCACACCACUGUCCAAAUACCUACAGACGUCUGGAUUGAAUUUCAUAAAGGCGUUUGAGAUGGUUAAAGUAACUAUUUCAUAAAUUCAGACUCAAUCACGCAAUUUUGAUCAAGUUAAGGUUUCAUUAAUGUGUCCGCAACCAUUCUUGACGAGAAAGAAUGUGAUUGUGUUAUACAGACAGAUUUGACAAUGGUACGCAAAAGAAUAAGAAAAGUAAUGCCAGGAGAAUUAGCAAAUGAUGAUCUACUUACAGAUCCUUUAAAAAAGUUUGAAGUAGAGGUCCACAAUGGUAUUCUAGACACAGUGUUAAGAAGUCUGUCGACUCGGUUUGCAUCACACGGUGAACUGUAUUCUGAUAUGAGUUGUUUUGACCCCAACGGAUUUUCUGAGUUAUUGGAAUGUAAUAUUCCAAAAAAAGCCCUACAGAAAAUCUGCUGUCAUAUUUCGGCAACAGGCAAAGAAGCGCAGCUGUUGCUUGAGCUGUUGGACUUUGCAAAAAAGUAGCCAGUUUAAAAAAAAAACAUUGGAAGAGAGUUACGAUUGUUCUGAUCAAAUCACGAUUGAUGAGGAUGAGGUUGAAAAUGAAGAUGACGUCACUAACCAUAAAUGCGACCCUCUAAAGUAGUAUCGCUCGUGCCUUUAUUGUUGCUACAUGUGCUUCAAAAAUAUAAUCUUUACGGCAAGAGCUACUGCAUGCUGCACAGGGCUUACAAAUUCAUGCUCACAAUUUCAAUUACCCAUUUGGCUUUUGAGAGGAGUUUCAGCAAGUUGAAAUGUGUCAAAAUAAGAUUGCAAAGUCAGUUGACAGAAGAUCACUUAGACUCACUGUUGAUGAUGUGCAUUGAAAAGGACAUAUUGAGUAACAUAACCAACGAUGAAAUUAUUGAUGAACUUGCUAAAUCGAGUGGUGAUUUAAAAAAGUUACUGUUUUUAUGAUUUUUAGUUUUUGUGAUUUAAAUAUGAAUUUAUAAACACAUGUACU